UGUGACACCGGCCCUGGGUAUGCAACACCUCUGGACGCCAUGAAAGGUCCCAGGGAGAGAAUCAUCUACGUUCCUUGCAUCUUAACUGGCUCCGGCGUCCAAGCACCUGACUACCUGGCCACAGUAGAUGUGGAUCCACAAUCUCCUUGUUACUCCCAGGUAAUCCACCGCCUGCCCAUGCCAUACAUCAAUGAUGAGCUCCACCACUCCGGGUGGAAUGCCUGCAGCAGCUGCUUUGGGGACGCAACCAAGAAGCGAAACCGGUUGAUCUUACCUUGUUUCGGCUCUUCUCGCAUUUACGUGGUGGACACUGGGACUGACGAGCGGGCUCCCAGGCUGUACAAGGUAAUUGAACCAAGGGAAGUUUUUCAGAAAUGUGACCUGGCUUACCUACAUACCUCUCACUGCCUAGGCUGUGGGGAAGUCAUGAUCAAUGCGCUGGGGGACCCACGCGGCAACGGAAAAGGUGGCUUCGUUGUCCUGGAUGCAGAGACCUUUGAAGUGAAGGGGAGAUGGGACAGACCCACUCAAGAAUCUCCACCAGGGGGCGAUUUCUGGUACCAGCCAAGGCACAACGUCAUGAUCAGCACAGAAUGGGGAGUGCCAAAAUUUUUUAGUACCGGGUUCAACCCAGCUGACCUGGGGACAGGGAUUUACGGCCGUCACUUGAACAUCUGGGACUGGACAACCCACUGCCUUCACCAGUCAAUUGAUAUGGGGGAAGAUUCCAUCCCAGUUGAAAUUCGGUUCCUGCAUAACCCUAAUUCUGCGCAUGGAAUGGUGUGCGGCGCGCUGGAGGGCUCCAUCAUUCACUUCUUCAAGACACAGAAUGGAUGUUGGGCCGCAGAGAAAGUGAUCCAGAUUCCAAGGAAGAAAGUAUCGGGAUGGUUUUUACCUGAAAUGCCAGCCAUCUUAGGUGACCUUCUCAUUUCAUUGGAUGACCGAUACCUGUAUGUGAGCAACUUCACACAUGGCGACGUCCGUCAGUAUGACAUCACUAAUCCUUACUGCCCCAGGCUGGUUGGACAGGUGUUUUUGGCUGGCAGCAUCACCAAAGGCGGGGUGGUCACCGUCCUCGAAGAUCAAGAGCUGAACUGCCAACCUGAUCCUUUUGUAAUCCAAGGAAGGAGAGUCUAUGGAGGACCUGUAAUGCUUCAGCUCAGCUUGGAUGGCUGCAGACUUUAUGUUACCAAUACCCUGUACACUCCUUGGGACAAACAGUUUUACCCUGAACUAGUCAGGGAAGGUUCCGUCAUGAUACAGAUCGAUGUGAACACUGAACAGGGGGGCCUGUGUGUAAACGAGGACUUCCUGGUGGAUUUUGGGAAGGAACCCUUGGGGCCUGCCCGUGCUCAUGAGAUGCGCUAUCCCGGGGGAGACUGCACCUCAGACAUUUGGGUUUAG